CGAAUGCUGCAGCACCAAAACCAAAACCAAAACCAAAACCAACGAUGCCAAAACCAACCCGAUACAGCCCUCAUCAUACCAGAUAGUCUAUCUUUCGCUUUUAGCAGCCACAUGCAUGACCACGCUACACUACCUUCCCACUACCCACAUGCCACCACCACCACCACAACCACCACCACGUCCUCCUCCACCUAUUGCUCGCCAACUUCCAAGCACCGUCCGUACUGUAGCGUGACCGCCGCUCCUGCUCGGCUUCCUCCUCCGCCAUCACCACCAGAACAGGGCAAGCAACCCAAGCAUAUCCAAUUCAACCAUUCCCUGUCGGGGCCACCCUAGCCACCACCGCACCCCCCUCAUCCUUGCCCCUUUCUCACACCCCCCCCAUCCCCCUCCUCCGUCCGUCCCCGUCUCCGUACCUCUCUUGUCGGCCGGGUCUAGUCAGUACAUGCUAUUCGUCCAUACGAAUCAGAACCAGUCAGCAAUCGACUGGAAACCAGAACCAGCACCAUUGCAAACCAAGUGCACAAGCACUAGACCUUGGUGCUCCACGUCGGGCCUGCCAUCCAUCCAUCCAUCCAUCCAUCUGGUCGUGCCCUGCGCCAGUUCCCAGUUUCUCAGAUCUCGUCUUCUCGACCAUCAACCGACUCCGCGAAACCUCAACCUUUCGCUCAAUUGAGCCGACCUCGUUUCGCGAAAGCGCCCUGCCUCGACUCCGUCCAUUCGUAUCCUAUCGAUCGGGGGCAUAUUCGACGAUUUACCAUCCGCUACCUAUUUUUUUCCAACCACAGCCUAUGCUGCUGUCUUAGAUCCCCUACUGUCCAUCUUGCCUUCCAUUCCUUCGGCCGACCGCAACCGGAUACGGCCUACAUAACUGCGAAAGCUUUGGUGGAGAUUGCCCUACCGUCGGCUCCCGCCCAGUCUCGAUUCCCAAAUCCCUGGACCCGUUUGGACACUCAAAGUGUUCUACAACAACCUGCCGACCGAGAAGCAUCAACAUCGUACGAGCCGUGAAUCAGUUGUGUGCAGCUUGCUCGAGACGUGCUUUUUGCUGGGGCCUUCUGUGGUCUCGACGAAGCCGCCCGCCUGAACAUUCGACGAGGCUGAGGCUUCGCAUCGUCACUCACGUCGUCUGUCGGCCCCGAACUUUCGAUUUCGGUGUCCAUCAUGCCCGAGCCCGACGCCGUCGCCGCCCAGGGCGGUGGCAGUAACUCCAGCGACUUUGUUCGCAAACUAUACAAGAUGCUCGAGGAUCCAGCCUAUGCGAACAUUGUCAGAUGGGGAAAUGAGGGCGACACCUUCGUCAUUUUGGAGACCGACAAGUUCACCAAUGACAUUCUUCCCAAGCAUUUCAAACACAGCAACUUCUCGAGUUUUGUCCGACAACUGAACAAGUACGACUUCCACAAGUUGCGUCGUAACGACGAGAACAAUGAGUCGCCCUACGGCAAGCAGGCGUGGGAGUUCAAGCACUCGGCCUUCCGUGCCGACAGAAAGGACAACUUGGACAACAUCAGACGAAAGGCUCCUGCGCAGAGGAAGACGCAGCAGACGGAAGACCAGUUCACCACAAACCAGUCCAUAAACCUGCUCCAAGAGACACUCUUUGCCCAGCAGCAGCAGGUCCAGGCACUGCAGGAGCAAGUCGCUGAAAUGUCGCGGACCAACAAGACGCUUGUUCAUGAGGUCCACACGAUGCACAAGAUCAUCGAUGCCCAGAGACAGUCACAACACGAGUUGCUCAACUACAUGUCGCAUGCCGAGGACAGAAUGAGAGGGCCCAGGUACCCCGGCCCGAACCCGCAGAUGAACGGAGGUGUCAUCGAUGACCAGGCCCCUGAACUGCGACGAGCCAGGGAGCUCCUGUCGAGUGUAACGACGAACAGCAUGGUGGACCGAGAGCUCGAGAGACUGAACGGCAUGUACGCCCAGAGCUCUCCGCCAGACUCAGCCUCUUCGCUCAUGUUCCAGCCUGGGAACACGGGAAUGCCGCCCAUGCUCCCCGAACACAUGAAUAUGCGCCACCUCGUUUACCCCGUCGGCGAGAAUGUAGGCAUCGACCCGUUGUCCCAGGAUCACUUCAACAACAUCCCCUACACUCUCAACUCUUUGCCCAUGAACGACUUCCCGGCCCAGCCUGUCGUCAAGCCGGAACCCGGACCCACUACGCCCGCUCCUGCCGCCGCCGCGCCUCCGCGCCCUCCUCAUUCAAACGACAAAGGACUUUGGGGUUCCAAAAAGCCGAGGGUGUACCUGGUCGAGGACGAUAGGACCUGCUCGAGAAUCGGUUCCAAGUUCUUGACACAAAUGGAGUGCAUCGUAGAGCUGGCUGAAAACGGUAUCGACGCCGUCAACAGGUGCAAGGAGGUGCCAUCCGGACACUUCGAUCUCAUCUUCAUGGAUAUUGUCAUGCCACAGAUGGACGGUGUGUCUGCGACGCAACUCAUCCGCGAAGUCCACCCCGACGUUCCAGUUGUCGCCAUGACGUCCAACAUCCGACCUGAAGACAUCAGCCACUACUUCAACUGGAGUCUUAACGACGUGCUGGCAAAGCCAUUCACCAAGGACGGCAUGUUGCGCAUUCUUCGGAAGCACGUACCGCACCUCCUCAAGAAUGCGCCGCCGGAUGAGCUGGCCGUAGGCCACGGAGCUGCCCAACUUCAUGCCAACAGCAUGAGCGUGCCGCCGAUGAACCCCCAAGUCAAGUUUGACUCAACGCCAGGCCAGUCACCCGCGACGACUGCUUCCUGGCACUCGCCUGGGCAAAUACACCAACCAUCCCCCAACGUGACGAACAUUGAAACGGGGUAUCCCAUGGCGAACACGGCCCAAAUGGUCAUCACACCGACGUCGGCUCAACGGCCGACGUUCCAAAACAUGCCGCCAGGUAUGCAGCAGAUGCGUGUGCCUGACCAUAUUGUUGGCGACGAUCGGCCAGAGAAGCGACAGAGGAUGUACGGGCCUCAGGGCGGAUACGCUUAAAAUGGAGCCCGCAAGGGUGACGAUUCGCCUCGAUGUAUGCCGCCGAUGCUUCUUUCCCCGCAAGCCUACGAGCUUUGGGUUGCCACUGUGCAACUUUCGGUCGUCCGGUUGCGCCAUAAGGUCUCGGACCGACUGAUCGGUCACUGUCGCUAGCUACUGCGAGAUGUACGGAUGCAGUGCAAACAAGAGCAUGCUUGCGUGGAGUUGUUGUGCUCGAGAGAACGGAUCGGUAUCGGUUCGUCUUGGUGAGAUGAUGUAACGCAAAAGGAGGGAAAGAGAUGUUUGAAUUUGUCAGUAUUGUCGCGUGGUAAAGACACGUUCGCCCAAGGGAAUGGCGACUGACGAUGUCCCAAGACAGGACAUGUCGCCCAUCGGUGGCAGCGUGGAAGACGAUCUAUGGGGGAGAAGCAUGGCUUGAGAAAGAAGCCUUACGGUCUCGGGUUGGAUUUCGUAAUCGGAGUUUGUGGAGUUAUUUCUUGGUUCGCGUCCAUGAACCACGGAGGGUGGAUGGGACGUGGCGAAUUUGAAAAGAGAUCUAUUGUCAUUUGUGAGGGGCAUAUGUUUCCUCGGCAUGAAUAUACAUUACCACAUUGCAUACCCAGAGCUGAGAAAAGACAGA